GUUAGCCUAUAAUAUUAGGUUGUAUGCUCUGCUUGCUACUUGAACAACCUCGGUCGCCCCUAGGCAGACGCAGCCUCUUCGUGAUUCUGAAUCAUGGGAUAUCUGAAGGAGUAUGUUGACCAAGGAGUGCAAACCACUUGUUCCCUGCAAUCAGCAACAGUAUCAGACUCGCCAGCGGUUCAUGUUCUUCAAGCUCCCCUCGACGACUCUGACCGGCUUUUACAUGAAAUCACAAUCGAGUUGCCAUCAGUCGACCCCGAACAGGCCGAACUGCCUCCCUCACCUUCAUCUGUUGAUGAUAAAAGCGCAUAUAGUCGGUCCAAUAUCCAAAAUAGUCCCGUUAGCCCCAUGUGUGCAUCCUUGAUAUCUCGUCGCGUUUCUAGGCGCAAACUAUUCCUAGUCGAGCGUCGCCCAGAAGGAAACACCGUCGAAAGACGCGUGAUUUCUAUGCCGGACAGCAUGUCAGCGCAACAUGUCAAAAUGGACUCUCAAAAUGGCAUGCGGGUGGUUUCCAUGCCAGAGUAUCUCGCGGCUGCUGUUGACUUGUCUCUGGACUCGAUCGAGUCUCCGUCCGCAGGAGCAUCAUUCGAAUCGUCAUACAUCGAGAAACGUCAUCGAGUCAGAGUUUGUCCCCCACCCUCAGAUGUUCCGCACACGCCUUCUCCACCGUCGUCUCCCGAGUCGAUCCUCAUUAUCGACAGUCAUGCGCAGCUUCCUGAUGGAUUCCUUCGACGAAAAUAUUUCAAAAAGACGGCCUCGCCCGGAAACGGUUGGACGACGUGGGCGAGUUCUCCUCCCCGCCCUAUCCCGGCACUUCAUGGCCCGCUUUCCCUCCCAUAUGCACGCUGUCCAUCGGGAGCUGAAGGAACGAUCAUCGAGGAGCCAGGCAACGUAUCUCGAAUGAUAUGGGGUUUAGGUCAAGACGAAUCUGGUCAAUAUCGUGGCGAUAGUGAGCAUACGGAUGACGAAACACGUCAUAAAGCCUUCCCUCACUCCCAGGUUCCACCACAAACGCAAAAGAAACAUGUGGUUCAGAAAUCUCAUCAGGUACGAGCGGCCGUGAAUAACAAGAAAACGUUCAAAGGCGCUGGCGGAGGGACUUCCACGGCUCAUCGUCACCCUGACCAUGAACGUCGAAUUCAUGGAUACUCGCAAGCACCUCAUCUACCGGAGCCACAAGCUGAACCAGCCAUCCGCGGUCUUCCUUUCUCAGGUUCUUGGCGGUCAGAAACCGGUAUCCCAGCUGUUCGCGAAUUGGACGUCCACGAAAGAAGCUUUGGCUCAUCGUUCAAUGAUCAGAAACUUCUCUUGGAUUUGCAGCUCGCAUUCGCCCAACAGUCGCUUCAAAAUACUGCGCUCAAUCAAGCUUACCCUGAAGGCCUUAAGCCAGUUUUUCCGGUUUCGAAUCAUCCUCGCGCCACCCCGGCUUACCCGAGAAUCUUUGUGGAACCGCGUCUCAAUGAGGUGGUCAAUGCAGCACAGCGUCAGUCUGCCAUGGAGAUUGCCCAGCAGUAUCGUCAACGUCAGGAGUUCCGUCUCAAGCAACAGGCUGGCCUACCUACUCCGCCAAAUUCUUCCUCUCCUCAGUGGUCAUCAAACUUCUCGCCCUAUCAGUAUCCUUCUGUAUCUCCUGAGAUGGACAUUCAAAACACAUUAGGUCUGCCCCAUCACAUCCAGCAAGCACAACGCCCCUUCUUAGGUGCAUCCCAUCAAGCCAGGCUCUUGUAUGAUAACAAUGUCGAGACUCGUUUCUUCGAUGGAAACGGUGUCUGUGGUUCUAUGCUCUCGCGUCAUGAGAGGGCCGUCCCUUCUGCGGCUACUCGGCAUCCUUCGGAUGUUUCUGGCGGUCUUGCCGACUAUCUGCGCGAUUUGCAUGUAUUGUCUUCUCAACAGCCUCGUUUUGCUGGCACCACUGAACCUCAUCUGGUGGAAGCGGCCCGCCACCCCGUCAGUACCAAUCGUACCGCUGUCUCCGUUGCUCCUCCCUCACCUGAGUCUCCCGGGUCGCGAUCUCGCAGUGUCUCCUAUCAGCAACCCAGGUCUGUUCCUCUUGCGCGGUUAAUGCAACGCCGACUGUCUUCUGUGCCGGAAGAGGAGCUCAUCGGUCUUCCGGACACCUCAUCUACAUCUACUUACAGGUCUACCGAUUGUCACCAGCGCAGUCUCUCCUCACGUGACUACUCUGACGACAAUGCAACACCUCGCAGGUACCACCAAGAACAACACCUUGGCGUCCCUAGCCCCGACGCAGUUGACGAGUAUGAAGCACAGCCGUACUCGUUCCCUCAUGGAGCAUCACCCGCAAAAGUUCGUCUCCCCUCGGUGCAAGAACAGGAAGAGUUCCUUCAUCAAAACCGCGUGCAGUCGCGGUCCAGGGGAGGGAGAAUUGUGGACGCGUCUCAACAGCUCAAGAAGAAACCGCGCGGGAGGAAAACAAGAAGCGACACAUGA